AAGGGAAUGAAUACAAGCUGAUCUGCUCUCUAUGCAAAAUUAUUAAUUAUGCAAUUCUGCAAACAAUAGCUUAGAUUUUAGUUGGUGCAAUGCCUUCGAGGGUUCGUCCAUCGCCUUUAUGAGGCGAUGCGUCGUCAUUCAUCAAAGUUAUCGUCGCUCUCUUUCGAUUCAGUUUAGUUUCUUCUCAUGAGCAAGACGGGUCGAUAAAACCUCUCGAGACACGCAAGUCACUUCGACAUUUGCGCAUCAAGCGAGGUCGAGAAUCGCGUGGUUUUUGAGAAGUCGAACCCGGAAUUUUGUCUGAGGGGCGACGCUCAGCUCUCACCUUCACCCAAACUUCGCUCAACAUGAAAAGAAACCUAUUUGCCUCUUCACUCCACCCAUUACUUUCCGCAGGCCUCCUCUCUCUCUCUUUCAAUUGUUUUCUAGGCUGAGUAACAUCUUCACUUAACCUUGAAAGAGACUUUCUUCCUUAAUUUUCAUGCUUUCUUGUCUUCCAAUUCAAACAAAAAGAAAACAAUUCCGUCCCCACUUUCACACCCCUCCACAAUAUUCGCACCCUCCUUCUCCUUCUUGGUUGUUUUUGGGUCUUUCUUCCAUGGCGAUAAGAAACAGGAAGCUCUUUCCAGCUCUCUCCAAUGCCAAUGAGACAAUCAACUGUCCCGACUUCUGCGACCCGGCAUGCCCCUACAACUGCCCCGACUUCUUCUUCUUCCCGCCGCCCCCAUCAUCGACGCCGCCUCCACCACGGCCUCUGCCAAUCUCAUCCUCUGAUCAUCCCAGCCAAGACAGCCGCAUCCCUCCAUCUUUGAUCAUCGUAGUUGCAUUGCUCUCGGGGUUUUUCCUUCUCAUCGGCCUCAUCAUAGCAAGGUCCAAUUCCUGGUGGCCGUCCAGGAGAAAUCCACCGAACCCUGCAGCCCCGGCUGAUGGCGAUGACGAUGAAGAUUUCCUGGACGAGAACCGCAUCGACCACCCCAUAUGGUUCAUAACCACCGUGGGCCUGCAGCAGUCGAUCAUAAACUCGAUAACGGUUUGCAAGUACAGGAAGAGCGAGGGGUUGAUAGAAGGUAGUGAUUGCUCUGUGUGCUUGAACGAGUUCCAAGAAGGCGAAACUUUGAGGCUGUUGCCCAAGUGCAGCCAUGCUUUCCAUCUACACUGCAUUGAUACCUGGUUAAGGUCUCACACGAAUUGUCCACUCUGCCGCGCCAGCAUCAUCUCUGCCACAGCAAAUCUCAAUCCCCCGGGGCCAACUUUGGAGAUGAUGGGACUCAACGAAGACGCCAGGGUAGAGAAUUCUACACAGGGUGUGGAGUUGGGAGGCAGCCACGACAGAUACGGUGCUCCUGAAACCAGAACAGAAACAGAGGAUGAAGAUGAAGUAGCAGCUGCUGAUGGUCAAGUGAUCUUGAAGGUCGACACAGAAGUCAACAGAGACCCUGCUACUGAUCAAGCAGCAGCUGAUUCCACCGAUUCUCUAGGAACUCUGUCACCCUUGUUUGUCCUGAGGAAGUCUCGCAGCGAGAAAGAUCAAACAGUUGGUCCGCAGGGGACGGCUGAUCAACAUCAGAAGGUGUUUGAUGGAAGAAUGGGCGGUUCUUCAAUUGGGCAGUUCCUGAGCAAUCCAAGUUCGGCGACCGUGACGAGAUCGCAUUCGUGCAGCGAAGGGUUCCUCCUAUCAAGAGACAGUCGGAGCUGCUGUGAUUCAGCUCAACCUUCCUAACACACUCGCAAGAAAUUUUUCCGUUUCUGAUCAAACGGGCAUAAGAUCAAGGUGUUCUCAAGUACGGAUUUCUGCUUGGGAAGCAGGCCCAAAUGGCUCGCGCAGCAGAAAUCCGGAAACGGAGUUGCAAAAGAGGAAAGCUGUCGACUGCAAUGUUCAUAGAGUCAUCUUGAAGGUAACAUCAAGCGCACAAUAAGUACAAUCAAGUAGAACUUUGUUUCUCUCUUGAUUCCUAGAGUACACGUAGUUUGUAUCUUGUUCCAUGUGUGAAAAGUAUCGAAGUGAUUUCUUCGCUAAAAUCUCCCAAUGGAAGUGAUUAAUGGCGAUUCUGCGAAAGAUCAUCGCCGUGUGAAACUGCUCUUUCUUGAGAUGAAAGGGCCUUAAAGCCAAGGAUGGAAUUUGUCCCGGGAGAAAGAAUUGUACAUAAAGUCGAGGGAUGUGAUUGUAAGAAACGGACAGGAACUUUGCGUUCUUCAAUAAAACCCGAUGUAUGUUUCAUAGAUUCUUACAA